CUGCUUUCCGGGGUACUGAUUGUGACGGGGGUAACGAUCCUCCGCCAGAUUACAGAGUUCAAUCCCAGCCACUUACUUCUAUUCAAACCGACAAACAAUAUUAAUUGAUUUCUCAUAUCUUUAAUUGAUGUUGGAUUCUUAACUGAUAUCUAAGGACUUGUAUAUAUUGCAAAAAGGAGUGGUCUUGUGUUUCUGACAAAUUAUUGUCAAAUUGUAGAAAUGUGGAGUUAUAGCAUAUCUUGUAUACUUGCCCUCAGCAGCUUGGGGUAUGCUGUUCCGUAUUCCAACCAGUUACAUAAGAAAACAGCGCUCGUCAUCAUUGAUGUGCAGAACGACUUCAUCAACGGCUCUUUAGCCAAUCCGCGAGCUCCUGCUAUCCUACCUAAAAUCUAUCAACUCCUGGAUAAUCAUGAGUGGCCUUUUGUUGUCGCUUCUCAAGACUGGCAUCCUAAAGGACAUGUCUCGUUCUUCUCAAGUCAUCCUGGUAAAAUCUCCGGAGACACUGUGAACGACAGCUUCGUAGACACUCCUACGAAGAUCGAAACACAGACUCUAUACGCGGACCACUGUGUUCCGGAGACGUGGGGUGCUGAGAUAGAGCGUGGCAUUCAGACGCGAUUGCAUUUUCUCGAAGGCUACCGCGCCCCCGUCAAUUACAUCAAGAAGGCGCAAGAUCACUCUGUCGACUCAUACUCGGCUUUCGCUGAUAACCAGUACCACCGCUUCACCACUCUACACUCCGAGUUGACUUUGCAUAGCAUCGAGACUAUAGUCGUAACGGGGCUCUUGACGAGUGCAUGCGUGCGUGGAACGAGUAUCGAUGGAAUCAAGCUUGGAUACGAAGUCGUGCUCAUAGAGGACGCCACUGAAUCUUUUAACGCCGAGGACAAGGCCUCGGCUAUCAAGGAGCUACAGGGUUGGGGAGUGCAGGUUAUGAAUCUGACAGAUUGGGAGUGCGCACACCCUACCCCAGCAAAAUUCGGGACGAGGGAAUUGUAAUUAUAAGAUUCUUGUAUUAUAGGCGUGGCUUGUCUCAGCCCGUGGGGUCUAAAGUGCCCAUGAUAAUAGGCGUGUCAUGACGAAAUAGGGAAUAUUUUAUGGAAAGAACAGGCAUAUCAACCCGUAUGUACGAAUGUUGGAUAGUUCCAGUAAUUGCGAAGGGGGUGAAUACGAGAAGUCGAGGGCCGAGGAAACCACACUUGGCCAGUUGAAAACACUGAUAUUGGAAUCGGAUGAUGAGAUGGUGAAAGCUGUGGGUGUAUUAAGCA